AAACACAAUGUGAUGAGCUCAUGUGUGUGUUUGGAGCCUGAGGAGCAGUUGUGUCCCAUUUUUGGUUUACACUAUAUUUUCUUCACACUAUAUUUCCACAUGGAUUUUUUCGGAAAAACCCUCCGCUCCUCAAUCAUCAAGCAUGGCGGGCGUGCAAAGUCCCCCGCUGGCACUGGCAGCGGACGUAAGACUGUCUCCUUUUCGUCGAAAAACAGUGACGCCAAAAUUUCAAAUGUAAGCGAUUGCUGGAACUACAUGCAGACUGGAAGUGAUUUCGUGAAGCUGCGGGGCACAAAUCGGCAAUUCAGGCGAUUUUUCAGUCUGGACGCCGACCUGUCGUAUAUUCGAUGGACGCCAACGAACAAGAAGCCGCAUAAAGCUAGGAUAGCCAUCGAUGAGAUCCGAGAGAUCCGACUGGGGAAGAACACCGAGCUGUUGAGAUCUUCGGAUGAAGUUUUCACUGACUUACAGGAAGAAUGUCUUUUCUCAAUAAUCUACGGUGACAACUAUGAAACAUUGGAUUUGAUCGCUUCCAGUGGGGAUGACGCAAACAUCUGGGUUACCGGGCUCAUGGCUUUGACUUCUAACAAAUACGAAUGUAAGCCAUCGAGCUCUCAGUUCGCGACACUGCGCGAAAGAUGGAUAGAAUCCGUAUUCGAUGAGUUUGACACCAAGAAGAACGGACAUCUUGACGAACAGACUGCGUUUAAGGCAAUUUUGCAUAUAAACUCGAGGAUCUCACAUCACAGGCUCACAAAUAAGUUGAAGGAAGUAACAAUCGGCGCGGAGGAGUCGGAACGUGGCAAAAUCGAGAAAUCUCAUUUCGUAGAUUUGUAUAAGGAAAUAGGUACUCGUCCCGAGGUCUACUUCUUGAUGGUUAGAUACGCCAAUAAGGACUAUCUGUCGUGUCAGGAUUUGAGGUUGUUCUUGGAGACUGAACAAGGGAUGGUUGGUGUGACAACUGACAACUGCGAGACACUCAUCGAGCAGUAUGAACCUUGCUCCGAAGCUCGUGAGAACAAUCUCAUGACAGUCGACGGCUUCACAUCAUUCCUGUUCUCCCCGGAUUGUGGGGUCUUCGAUCCGAACCAUCGGGUGGUCACUAUGGAUAUGAAACAGCCAUUCUCCCGCUACUUCAUAUCAAGUUCUCGAAAAUCUUAUCUAGUCGAGGAUCAGCUGGGACCGUCAUCUUCCGAUGGAUUCUCUUCCGCUUUGAAACGAAAUUGCCGAUUCUUGGAGUUCGACAUUUGGGAUCCGAAUGAAGCCGAUGGUGACACUGAGCCAAUGGUGCAAAACGGACAAACCGCGACCAGUAAGAUCACAAUCUCAAGUGCUCUUCGAAUAAUCCGCGAGUUUGCGUUUGAACGGAGCCGAUACCCAUUGCUGCUUAAAGUUUCGGUACAUUGUUCAACGGAUUGGCAGAAGGUGGCGGCGAUGUUGAUUGUAACGCAUUUGGGAACAAGGUUGUAUCUUCCGAAGAAUGACCCCACUAAUUGGGAUGACGAGAAGAACUGCCCGACGCCAUGGGAUUUUCAGAAUAGGAUUUUGAUUGUGGGUAAAAAGCUAGACAAUCCGGACACAGACAGUGGCGAAGUGUCCGAGGAAGACGAUUCUCUGGCUAGUACGACGAGGAGAAAGUCGAAACGAAUUCAACUAUGCAAGGAGCUUUCCGACUUGGUUCCGGUGUUUUUCAACGUGAAGACCCUUAACGAUCUGCUCUCCACUGCACCCGGAUCUACUACAAUGUCCUCCCGAAAGAAUCUCGCGUCGGUGACAGAAUCCACGUGCCUCCGCCUGAUGCAUACGUAUGCCACGGAGUUCGGACAGGCGACACGUAACUACUGUGUUCGUGUCUUCCCCAACCCAUCACGAGUCGAUUCGUCGAAUUUGAAUCCCCAAGAGUUUUGGAAUAACGGAGUGCAGAUGGUCUGCUUGAACUAUCAGACGCCGGGGUUGAUGAUGGAUCUGCAGGAAGGAAAAUUCUCGGACAACGGGGGAUGUGGUUACGUGUUGAAGCCUCAAGUUAUGAAGGACGAUAUGUUCGUCCCAUCCGACCGGGUUCCAACUUCCCCGCAGAUCCUCCACCUCCGAAUUCUAUCCGGUCAACAGCUGCCACGUCCACGUGGCUCAAAUGCGAAAGGGGACAGUGCUGAUCCGUUUGUCGUCGUAGAAGUGUUCGGAUUGCCCGGAGACUGUGCCGAGGAGCGCACAAGAACAGUUAGGAAUGAUAGCAUCAACCCAUCCUUCGACGAGUCCUUCCAAUUCCAAGUCUCCGUACCCGAGCUCGCGUUGGUCCGAUUCCUUGUCCUCGACGAUGACUACAUCGGAGACGACUUCAUCGGUCAAUACACAAUUCCAUUCGAAUGCCUACAACCUGGAUAUCGGCAUAUCUAUCUGCUGAAUAAUGAAGGUGACCCGUUGGAGCAUGCCACGUUGUUUGUCCACGUGGCGAUUACGAAUCGACGUGGCGGUGGUAAGGCGAAGAAGCGUGGAAUGUCGGUGAAGCGGAAGAACUCGAGGAUCUCGUCGGGGAUGAAACUGGUUGGGAUUAAAAGUGUCGAUGAUCAGUUUAAGGUCGCCGUUGUCCCUCUCGCCGAGUCAACAGCGAUCCGCAACCGUCUCGAGAACGCAAUGAUCGACUGGCAGGAGGAGUGCGGUCUGGGACCCGCUGGGACAAUUCGUCAAGGCAUUCGACUCAUCCACUCGAGGAUGAUCACGUUAGCUGUUAAUUCAUCCCCACCACCAUCGCCAACAACUUCUUCUGCGGAGAGCUCAGUUACUCCAUUAUUUAUCAUUGAUAGUGAUGAGCAUGGGUAUCCGGCGAUUGUCACAAUGGGAACACUUCCGGAUCAACUUCAGCGAUCAUUCAACAAGUUGAAGAAUCUCAUUGCACACUGUGUUACAACACUUUCUCAGUCGGAUCAGUUGCUUUCAAAGAUCGAGGACUCAAUUCGUCGAAUUUCGGAAUGCCACGAAGAACUAUCAAAAUUAUGUGCGGAGGCGGGGCUUAAGGGACAGAAAGCAACACGUGCCGCAGAGAAUUUCACGUGGAAUUUGAGAUUAUUAAAAGCUCAGCUGAAUUUGAUGAAUAAAUCGCAGGAAGAGGCGCAGGAUGUCGUUACCCAGGUAUUCGACACGGGCGGUGUGCUCGGAGUACUAUCUCAAAAGCUGAUCAUUCGGAAAAAUGGCCGGAGAUUUUCACGUGUCAUCGCGGAUCCCGUUAAGGACUCGGUUCUUUAAAAUUAUUGAUUUUUUGAUUUUUUUUUGUGCAUUUACAUUUUUUGAAAAUCGGAAAAAUUUCAAUGUGUGGUUCUUUCAAAAGCAAUAAAAAUAUUAUCGAAUUUUAAUUUUC